CGGCAAACGCGUUUUGACAACAGCUUCGCAGUACACAACCUUGCAUCCCAUUGCCCACGAACCCGCCCAGCCCACCACCACACACCACAGCUGAAGCAACCACUCUGAUCGCGAGCUUGGGAAUGCAACAAAACUAGGAGGCUCUCGCGGCCCCUUAUACCGCCAAAAGUUCGACCCUGUGCUUUCAACUUGGCUGCAUUGCACUGUUGGCUGAGAAUGAUGGCGGCCAGUUCAGCGCCCAGGAUAAGGCGCACGGCUCAAAAUACCCAGUACACAUACAACCUGAACCAGCACGUUUACGACGUCAAGACAUAUCCGGUGCGGUCACCGCAAGGCGCAACCAUUGUCGUCUACGGCCAUGAGAAUGGCAUCACGGUGGUCUGGCGCGGUGGCAGGCGCCUCAAACCGCCGAAGAAGGAUGUUGCCGAUCCAGCAACCCGAGAUAAAAGGAACGGGGGGAGCGACGACGCUGUGAUGAUCAUAGACUCGGACGACGAGGAGCCGCCCCCCACGGCCAAGCCAUUCGUCGACAAGCCCGAAUUCGAAGACGCCGACCUAGCGGGUGAUUCCCAGUUCCCGGACACGGUGCAGACCCUCGACCUGGCUCUGGGAACCGCUGUGCGCCACAUUGCCGUCCUACCCUCACCCCAUAGUGCCGCCGAGGACGCGGCAUGGGGCGGUGCCGAGAUACUCAAGGGGCAGAUGGUGUUUGCUGUGACAUGCCUCAACGCCGACGUCUUCCUCGUCACACUGCCGCUCACGCCCCCCUCGCACGAGAGCAAGUCCCGUCCGGAUCUGAGAGGCGACCUGCGGGGCGCUGUCGUGGGCAAAGGUCUCUUCGGUGAGACCUUGGUUCCGCUUUGCGGCCAGGCCCAGUAUAGCGAUGCGCUGGCUAUCACUCUGGGAAAACAGGCGCCUGCAGGCCCGGAAGGCCACAGAAAAUCUGCUGGCCGCUCGAGCUCGCAGGCUACCAGGGUCAUCGUCGCCGCACACUCGAGGCAGGGGACUGGUGUGCUCCGUCUCUGGGAUGUCUCCAUCGGCAUCCAACGACCCGCAAGCGAGCGCCCACUGGAGCCAUUCCAAACCGAGUACCUUCCCAGCCCGCUGGCCAGUCUUUGCUUUAACCCUUUGCACACAACACAGCUGCUCGCUGUGGCUUCGCCCCAUGCCGUUCGCAUAUAUGACUACUCGAUACCCUCAGUACCACAAGAUGAGUCGGAUGGCCCGCUGCCAUCCCAAGGAUCCUGGCUUGUAUCACUGUAUACCCCAUUUAUACGGGGAUCAGAACCCUCGACGGCCAGGAAACCCGUCAUUGCAGCCGCUUGGAUCUCUUAUGGUCGGGCUGUUCUGGUUCUGCUAGCUGACGGCCAGUGGGGCAUCUGGGACAUUGAUGGAGCUGGUCCUUCAGUUGCGGGCUCGACGCCAUCGGCUGGCGGCCUUUUCAGCAAGGCAAACUCGGGCGUUCGGGGAGCUGCCUUGACAACCUUUAGUGUCUCGGGGUAUCUCGAGGGCACCAGCCCUCUUCGCAACCCCGGCGCACAAAAGUCAUCAGCCGACCUGGUCCCGAUGACCCCGCACACUAGGCGAGAGGCUCUGUCCGUCUCCCUUGGGUCCGGGCCGGGGCGUCUUGCUGCCGUGCGGGGCGGCGUUGAUAUUGUCCAACUGCCCGGGCGGUCGCCAUCCAGUCACGGUGACGAGAGUGCGGUUGUCUGGAUGGGCGGCGUCGACCACAUCGUUGCCGUCGUCCCGUCCGUAGGCCGGUUCUGGGAUGCUCAGGCUCGCCGUAGCGGCGGCGGCGGAGGAAACAAUAUCUUCGACAGGGGAGGUGGUACGCAGGCUGCAGGGCGCAUGGUCCGUCUGGCAGAUAUUAGCCUGGGCUUGCUCGGCGAGCGCUGUUGCGGUGUGGUUGCAAUCCCGCGGGCGCAGCCACAACAGCGACGCUUAGGCGCCGACGACCACCUUAAUGGUCACUCUUCCCAAAGCGACAACGAGAAACUGUCCAUUGAAGUGCUCAUUCGUGGCGAGAGCAGGCUGGUUAGCGUUCGAGAUGCAGAAGACGACAUGGCUGUUCACAGCUUCAUAAACGAGAAGCUCAGUGCUUCACGACGACGCGCCCUGGGGCCGGCACAGGACGUUGUGCCGCCGCCUGCGAUUGUCCCCCACCCCCGCCCGGGUGUCGCCCUGCCACAGGGUGCGGCAGUGCUCGCCCAGAGCCUUGGAGGUAUUGGCAGCAUGCGGGCCAGCACACGCGGGAAGAAGAGCCUUUUUGGAAAGAGGCCGGGGAUCCCUUCGUUUGAUGACGAAGACAGUCCGAGUGGGCGGCAGGAUCGGGUCCCGGCGUUUGCGCGGGGACUCUACGACGCGGACGAGCCGACGCUGACUCAGAGCAUGAUGGGAGCCCGCCCGCGCGACACCGGCUUUGGAUUCACGGACCAACUCGAGGAUGCGGCCAACGCUGACGAUGACGAGGAGGCGGCCAACGAGCGCAACGUGGAGGAGGAGAUACUUGACAUCAUGGAGAUCGACCGAGCACUCGAAGAUAUGGAGGGUGGAGGCGGUGCUGGUGGCUUUGGGAGCUUCGGCCCUAGCGUCGGCGGAGCCACCAACGUUUUCUUCGAGACGAGCUAGGAUCCGUGCUAGAAGCAGAACAGCGGGCGUCUAGUUGACUACUGACACUCUCUAGGACGGGCCCGAGACUUGCAAGAUACAACAACAACGGUGGACCGCCAAAUGAUACCCGUGCAAAUUUCUGGGGGUGCGGUUCUGCACAUCUAAUAGAGGACGUUUUACGCCAAGUCCCUGGCAUGGGACGCCGGCACCUAUUACCGUUGGCGUUUGUGAUGCUCCUCAAGUACCACUCCAUGGGCGACCUAUGAAUGUUCCCCUGCCUUCAUUUCCCGCUCCUUCCCUUUACCCCUUCUUCCUGCUAUCAAGCACAAGAGACUUUGUCUCGUCCGCACGGCCGGGUGGAGCACAAGGCGAGAUUCAUCCUUGACCAAGCUCUGUAUUCCGAGCGGUAUAUCAAAUGUUCAACCUCAUUUUUUUACAUCCCUCUGUCCCAGUAUGGCCCAUCCUCCCUCCACGCCAUCACCCAAUCCUCUGGCUUGGAUGGUGUACGCGUGCGUUGGGCAUGGAUUGGGGUGUUCCAUGGGGCAGGUCCACAGGGAGGGUUGACGUCGACGCCAUCUUGGAGGCGAGGGAGGGGGCAAAACGGGCUUGGUUGGCAUUUCUAAUGCGGAUUGACCAUUUGCUCUCCCUGCCACGCCGCCGCCCUGUCAUCUGCAAUCGCCUCGAUCUCUGGUCCGGGCGUUGUGGGGGGCGGAGAGUUGGGCCGGGAGGUGGUGAGCGUCGAUACAUUUUUUUUUUGCUUUGCUUCUGAUGUGCCACAUGUUGUUUUGCGUUUGGAUAGGUUUUGUGAACCAGGCGUGUGACAGUGGCCCUGAAUGCAAACGUGAGGCGGUGGUCGGUAUGUCGCUUGUAUUGCUAUUCCAUCACCUUUAUAUCACGAGGUGUUCUGUCUGCCAACGCGAGCGUGAGCUGCUUGCCCUUGCCUGAGCAAUGAAGCAUGAUAAUGACACGAAAUAAUCUCUCAGACAUGUGCGAUUCGGUUACAGAGAGUCCUGCUGUUGCUAUCGAUCCACACCGCAACCCAACAUGAGUGAGACUAGGGAAUCAUAUUCGCUACCGUAUCAUCAUUUUCAUCCCUUGACUACAACUCCUUCCUUUCCC